AUGAAUAUUUCCAGGAUUUUGUCUUAUGCCUUACUCAUCAAGUUCGCACGGAGAAAUGAUGUGCGGCGGCCUCAUGUGCGAGAUACAGAGCAUGAUUCUUCAUUAAGACUUGGAAUCAAAAGAAGGUAUUCUCGCGGUAACAGUAAUGUAGUCAAUUAUCAAUCUGGAGAACAUAAGCGAAUUAGGAAGUCUAGUUCCAAUUAUGGAUAUCCUAGUACAGAGGAUCAUAAUUCUGAUGAAGAAUGGCAUACAGGGAUAAACAGAAAUAUUCCCCGUAAAGUGACUGAUUUGUCUAGAAAUUCUUCAAUGGCUCGUGUUGCUAAUAUUCGACCACAUGGUUUUAGUAAUCGGUUUCAUGGACAUGAUUCUAAUCAAACAACCACGUUCAACAAAUAUAAAAAUUUCAAGAUAGAUGUAAAUAAUACCAACGCCGAUUUGAAUAAUGAGCAACUUUUAAUGAUGUAUUAUAAUCAUAUGUACCAACAAUAUUACAGAACAUAUACAGCUACAGCUCUGUCUUUAUCAAAUUAUCCCAAUGCUGAUUUACUACCUGCAGUUGCAGCAGCAGCUGCUUCUAACAAUUCUGGUAUCCCUCCGGAUUUGGCCUCCCUGAGAUCAGUACUAUCUGCUGGUGGUAGCGCUUACGAUUUCCCUAAAUACGACCGUCAUGUGGAUUUACGUGGGAGACGGUAUAAGAGGUAUCGUAGGCAUGAAUCAUCGAAUGUUUCCUCUCACUCACCUGAACAACGACGGGACUCAAAUUCACGGACUUUCCGAUCUAACAAGACAAAUGAUUCUUCUCGUUCCUCUGUAAAAAAUGCAUUGCCCAAGGGAAAGGGAGUUAAAAAAGGUGGUGAAUCACUUGUCAAAGUAAAAAAAUCAGAAUAUACUUCUGGUGAAGAAGGGGAAGACAGUGAUCCGGAACGCGCUGACAAUGAGCAGUUUUGUGAUGAUAAUAACUCAGAAAGUGAGAACGAUACAGAUCAACGUGAAUCGUCAUCUAGACGUGUGGUUCGCAGACGCUCAACUGUUGAAAGCGUAUCAAACAAACAAGAAGCGGAAUCAGCUCACGUUGAAGAUAAUUCUAAAGUAGUAACGUCGAAUACAUUCAGUACAACAGAGGUAGUGUCAGCAAAUGAAACAGAAUCCGUUGAAGAAGGUGAGGCUAAAGAUGAUGAUACUUAUGGUGAAGAGAGUGAGGACAACGAAGGUGUUGUAGAAGAGUCGUCUAGUGAAAAUGAAGCAGACACUUCACGGGAAACUUUGAAUUCAGAUCAACAAAAACCGAGGAAAGUUCAUAGUGAUUCGGAAUCAGAGUCGAAAGUACAAAAAGCUUCUACAUCAAGUUCUAAUCGUGUUGUAAAAGAAGGUAGAAGACGUCAUGUGGAAGUCUUACCAAAUGAUACUUUACUUCCUACGUCGACUGAGUUUGAACAUGAACGUGGACCACUUUUGCCCACACCAGUAGAUGUUGAUAGAAGACAUCCAAAAUUUCGUAAUGCUGCUGAUCUCCCACUAUUCCCUGGUUGCUCCACAACACCUCAUAUUCCUAAUGUUUUAGAAGCUGCUGCAAUUAUGUCAGGUCUUUGUCCAUCUUUAUUUCCAUCUGUAAAUCCAUCAAAUUUGUUGAGUACACUUAGAUGCCCACCGGUUGACUUUGCUCCACCUUUUUGUGAUUUAUUCAAUUUACCUAAUCCACUUGAAUUUCAAAAACAAAUCAGUACUUUAAAGUUAAACUCUCACCCACCUCAACAACCAGACUCCUCUGAAUCUAGAUCCAAGUCGAAAUCUCAUCGGAAUAAACAUGAAAGCUUAAAAAGCAGAGGUGGUGAUAUCAGAAGCAAUCGUUCUGUAUAUAAACAGUAUAACAAUACAAAAUCUCAACUAGCACAAGAUAAUUCAUCUGAUUGUGAUAGUCAAAGCUCUUCAAGAUCUAAGUACCAGACUAGCACAGGACGUGAAUCUGUUAGUAGACCAGUCCCCCCAGAAAAGUGUCUGAUUGAUCGACCGAAGAAUAAACAUUCAGCUAAACCUGCAACAAGCCAGAAAGUGAAAGAGAAGAUUAAAAAAGAACAAGAAGUGGUCUCGAAUAAUCCAGCUUUCCCCCAAAGAAGUAGCAAAUAUAUGUCUCCUAAUGAUGAUAUAUCUGAUCAUUCAGAAACAAAUUGUAACAAGCCUUUAUCACGGCUUCCACGUGGUCCAAGGACACCUUCAAGUCCACCAUUAUCUUCUCAAGAUGAAGAUGAAUCUGGUGGUGCAUGCUCACAUUAUGAUUUGUCUCGUGAAUCUUGCUCCAGAGGCGGCAUGACCAAUAAAACUCGUCGUCAGCAUGAAAUAACUAGUUCUGUAUCAGGUCAUUGUUUAAAUUCAUCAAACUCAGAUGAAAAUUCAUCCAAAAGGAGACUUGAAGUGUGUCGAAACCAGGUGUCAAGCAAUCGGUCUCCCAAAACCCGCUCUUCAAAUCAUCCUAAUGCUAACGCUGUACGUUCUCGAAAAUCCUACGAUUCUAAUCACUCCAAGUCAUCAUCCACUUCUUCCGCAUCUAAUUCUCGAUCAUGUUCUUGUGAAGCACCGAACGCUUGUAAUACUUCAGGUAAAAAGAGGUCUAGGAACAGAAGUGCUUAUCGGCAUAAUAUUACACAUUCCAAUGUAGGCAUGUCCUAUGAAAAUAAUUCUCCGAAUCAAUCAUCACAAUUCACGCACCUUCGUAGAGGUGAUACAGGCGAUAGCAGUGAUAGUUCAGAUCAAAGGAGUCGUGCAUUGCCUGCAGCUUACGCAAAUCCUCAUCACACUGACCGGUGGCAUUCAUCUCAUUCGUUGCAGGAUGUUCAACCUCUACCAGCAACUUCACUUCGUCGUAGUUCAUCAUGUUCAUCCUCUUCAUCUUCGGGUUCAUACCACCGCAUCCGUUCUAGUUCUAGUUUUCCUCAGGAAGAAAGUAAAUCGCAAAAUGUAAGCCAGUCUGCAUCUACACGUCAUUCCUCAUCCUCCUCCUCAGCAUCAGCAUCUCGUUCACCUCAAAGAAGUGGAUACAAUGUAUCACACUCACGGCGACAAGGCUUUAAAAUAAAGUCAAAAAGGCGACAAAAUAACACCAAAAGUAACAAUCACGGUGAUCGUGACGAGGAGUCUAGUCGAAAAAUCCAAUCUACAAAGGCAAGGAAUAAAAUAUCAGAAUCAUUUUAUGAUAGAAGCUCUGAUUCUGCUGAUGAUGAGGAUGAAUACAAUGACAAUAAUCGAAAGUCAUCAUCAAAUCUACAACUUAUAUCUUCUGACGAGUCACCACUGUUGAUGAGUGAUGUCAGUUCUUCUGAUACGGAUGUUACUAGUUCCUCAUCACUAUCACAAAGUGAAGCACCCCCCACUGACGAAUCUUCUUCUUACCCCCCCAUUGUCACUGGCGCUCGUCAUAAAUAUUCGCAUCGUAAGAAAAGAGGAGUAAAGUAUAAUAAAGAUUCAUCAAAACGAAAACCAUACACUCCUGACUCAUCUUUUACGGAUAGUCGUAAGUAUAAACAAAGUAAAAGUCGACAUGAUGAAUCAAUUGAAAAAAAACAAUCUGUUAACAAGCAUAAACGAGCUCUGCUUUCACCGCCAAAAGGUUUAAAAUCUGAAAAUAAAGUUUGGAAGUCAAGAAAAAUGUAUGAAGAUGAAGUUCCCACUGUAUCAUCACGACAUCCUCAACUUCCAUUGAACAAAAAAUCUUCCCAUGCACAGACUGCCAUGAAGACAUCCAGCCGUUCCAAUUAUGGAAAGAAACAAAAAGAAGAAACUUCAUCCUGGUCAACAACAGCUGCACAUGAACGUCGUCCACGUGAUAAUAAACAAUAUCAUGGUACUAUUCACGGUGACGUAAACGAUAAUAAUCCGUCCAGAUUAAGGUCACGAUAUGGACAUUCAAAUAACGGUAAAGAUGUUACUAGUGGUCGACAGAAUUAUCCUAGCAGAGAUUAUAUUGCAAAACAUCACAACAGAAAAUCCAAUGUACAUGAAUCCAAGCUUCAUUGGUCUAAAAGUGGAAAUAUUCGUAGUUUUCGUCCACCUGUUCCUCCCUCUACAAGUCCCCAGCCUCCUACUUCACGGAGUAGAAAACACCCAGUAACCACAUCAAAUAGUCGUCAUCCACAUGCUCAGAAGGGAAAGUCAGAUAUUAUUUGGGAACCUGGUCCAAAGAGCAUGAAAAAAGCGAAUAUGUAUUCAGGCACUGUUUCCAGUUCCAAAGCACUUUUGAAAACGCCUGAACGCUCACGGCGUAUAGAUCGCCGUAGUCAACACGAAUCUUCCAGAGGUUCUGAAUCCCAGAAUUCUGAUUCUUCUAGCAGUUCAUCGUGUCACUCACUUAAUCAUUUUUUCAAAUUCUGUUAUAAUUCCACCUUCCAACUGGGUCAAAAAACAAGCAGCCCGGUUAGACCUGCAAGUCGAGGUCAACCGUCAUCAGAUUCUCUUCCUACUACUUCACAAUCAGAUUCAUCUAGAUUUAGUAAUAAUUCAAAUUCCGAGGAGUCUGUUGAUAAUUUACGAAAAAAAUCACCAUCUACAGUUUCUUUGUCCCCUCUGUGGAGUUCAGCUACCACAUCAUCGUCUUCCUCUACACCGAUUGCUGCACCCACUUACAUUGCACCUAAAAUCACUGCUAUCGCCACCGUUGAAUCGUCAUCUAGUACUACUAAUGAACCUCAUUCCCCUGUAUGUUUACACCAUUUAAUACCAAACUGUUAUAUUCCUGUUGCUAUAUGUGCAUCAGCUUGUAAUUUAACAACAAGUAAUCCUACUUUAAUUGACAAUCAGUCACCUGAUAACUCUUCAUCUCAUAGCACUAAUCAUCAUCCUCAUUUACAGAGUGAAUAUUGUCAGGUCGAUUUAUACAAACGUACUCCUGAUAAUACCACACACAAUACCAAAUCAUCAAAUAGUGUAGUAACAGCACUAACCAACUGGACUUAUACUGAGGAGUUAAGUUUAUUGUUUAUCACACAAUCAAUACAUCAUGUUUUAGUUUUGACUACAGAUUGUGUGUCAAUUCAUAAUCAUCUUUGCAAAGUGUCUGAAAAAUCACAGUUUAUUCAUUUAUCAAAUUACAAUUCCAAUUGUCCAAUAAAUCUGUCAUAUAAUAUAUUGAAUUUAAAAACAGCAUCACCGUCACGCGUUUUAUCAAACAAUAACUAUCAUUAUCCUGAUUACUCCAACCAUUCUCAGUCGAUAACAUUAACCAAUAAAAAGCGGUUAAAUUCAAUGAAUUCUUUGAAAAAUAAUCAAAAUUCUACAGUUAUGUCCAGUACUACUACUCGACCUCCAAGAAUUCCAACAAAUCCAAGUUUAUCAUCAACUGCUCGGAAUACUGCUACGGCUUCAAUUGCUAGUAGUCACGUUAGUGAUGGUUUAAGUCGAUUACGUGUGGGUAGUGCAGCAUCAAGAGAGUCUUCGUAUUCUCCACCAGCUGAUCGAAAACCUGCAACUACUACACGUCGGGGAAUCAAACCUACCUAUGGUGUAAAAGCUGAUGAAGUGAAUUCAGCUUUACUACGUAAACUUGAAAAAGCCACCUCUAGUUUUAAUCAACAAGAAUUUGAAGAUGAUACUGGUGGCUGUGGGUCUUCAGACAAUGAUGUUUUCGAUACAGAGAAUGGAUGUACAAGCAGUGGUAAAGAUGAUGAUGACGGUGACAUUAUUCUAUUAGCGACAUCAUCAACUCUAUUACCACCAGAAUCACCAACCUAUGGAAAUGAAUCGGUUGCUGGAGAUCUCUUACCUACAUCAUCAUCUUCAGUGAAAUCUCCUGUAAAUCAAUUAAUUAAGGUAUUAACUACUGGCAGUCGAUUAGUUACAUUGAAACCAAUACCAAAGCAUAAAGUUUAUCAGAAAUCUCGUGUAUCAAUGGCAAAUUCAUCUACACAAACAAAUGAUAUUCCUCUUAUUUGUCAACGAUGUUCAAAUUCUUUCACAUUGGAUACAACCUCAGAACAAGCACCAUCAUCGUCAACUCCAUCAAAUCAUAAAGCGGAUGAAAGCCAGCACCACCGACAACAGCAACCGACAUUAUAUAAAUUGAGUGUAUUCAUUGGUUUAAAUGAAUGUAUGCCAUAUUUGAUACCUUUGUCUCGCGGUGUCCCAUUAAGACGUAUGCGUUCUACAACAACUAGUAAUGCCGCUGCCGCUGUUGCAGCCUUUAAUGCUAAUUCAUCAAGAUUUCGUUGGCCGAUAGAUGGUGAAUUAGUAGAUUGUACUGAGACUCUACCAGAUCAUCCGACAGCUGUCUAUGCCGUUUGUAUCCUUUGCGAUGGAUAUACAGCAACAAAUAUUAGAUUUAUUAAGAAAAUUGAAUGUUUCAACACGCUGUGCAAAGCCUCAGUAAUCAUCUGUGGUCCGUUAACAUUGAAAUCACUUGCAAGCAUAAAAUCGAAUCAUAAUCAACAUAAAAUGUUGGACAAGUUGAGUGGAUUAACAAACAGGGGUGAAGAGAAUAAAAAGAAAUUAGAUCCUAAGAAUAAUAACGGUAUUAAUGAAAUAGAAGAUGAGGAAGAAGAAGAAGAUAAAAGUAAUGAAAAUAAUGGUGAAGAUCGUGACGAUGACUCGGAAUGUGAAACAGUUGGUCGACGUUUGCGUAGACAACUUCGUCGGACGCAGAAAACUCAAGAGAUAAAUGCAGCUACAGUUGCUUGUGCUAUGCGACAAAAUGCUACAGAGACUUCAUCUGCAGUACAACAAGAAAAUCACAUAGGCAACAAUUCUGCACCGACGACCACCACUGUUGAUGGUGUUAGCGACAGUAAUAAUGUGACUAUGAAUGGUAGUAAUAUUAAUAAUAAUGCUGGUAGUAAACUUGCUAAUAGCAGUGAUACAUCAACCCGAAAUAAUCAAGAUCAAGCUGCUUCUAGACUAGCUGUUGCUAGGCAACGUGCAAAACGAUUUAUUGAACUUAGGAAACUUAGUGUUACUGAAAGUUUGAAUGAAGGUUUGCUAAGACAUGAAUCUGAGUCUGCUGAAGAAGACGAUGAUGAAGUUGUUGACGAUGUGGAUGGACAUUUAAUAUACAGUAUUGGUGAUAAAAUAUUAAAUCGAUAUGAAAUCGUUAAAACACUUGGAGAAGGUACAUUUGGAAAGGUUGUUGAAUGCAAAGAUCAUGUACAAAAUCGUCGAAUUGCUUUAAAAAUUAUUAAAAAUGUGGACAAAUAUCGUGAAGCUGCUAUGCUUGAAAUAAAUGUAUUGAAUUUCUUGAAUGAACGUAGUGCCAAUGUUGAACAUUUAUGCGUAACUCUCUUGGAUUGGUUCGAUUAUCAUGGACAUAUAUGCUUGGCAUUUGAUAUUCUUGGCUUAUCUGUAUUCGACUUUUUGAAAGAAAAUAAUUAUGUUGGUUAUCCGAUGGAACAUGUUCGUCAUAUAUCCUAUCAGCUGUGUCAUGCUGUACGCUUUUUACACGAUAAUCAAUUAACACAUACAGAUUUAAAACCAGAAAAUAUACUAUUUGUAGACUCUGAUUAUAUAUCAGUGCAUAAUCGUAAAAAGCGUAGACAUGAACGUAUGGUCAAGUGUUCUGAUAUCCGUUUAAUUGAUUUUGGUUCAGCAACAUUUGAUUAUGAUCAUCAUUCCACAAUUGUGUCGACACGACAUUAUCGUGCUCCUGAAGUUAUUUUAGAAUUAGGUUGGUCUCAACCAUGUGAUGUUUGGUCUAUCGGUUGUAUAAUGUUUGAAUUGUACACUGGUUAUACGCUUUUCCAGACACAUGAUAACCGUGAACAUUUGGCUAUGAUGGAACGUACUUUAGGCCAUAUUCCUUAUCGUAUGACUAGAAAAUCACGUCGAACCAAGUAUUUUGAUACAUCUGGCAAUCUUUUAUGGGAUGCACAAUCACGUGAAGCCAAAUAUGUCAUGACACAUUGUCGUCCGUUCCGGCGUUAUUGUAAAGAUGAAAGUCAAGAUACACUAGAUCUGUUUGAUUUAAUGUCUAAAAUGUUAGAAUAUGAUCCAGCGGAUCGCAUUCCUUUGUCUGCAGCCCUGACGCAUCCAUUCUUUUUACACUUACCUUCACAUCAACGGUUAACAUACACGCAUCCAUCCGAUACACUUGCACUGCCGAAUGAACGUCGUACGUCACGUACUGGUGGUGGUGGCGGCGGCGGCGGUGGUGGUAAUCAACCAACGACGACAGGGACAAACGGAUCUUCAUCCUCCUCGUCAGUAUCAUCAGAUGUUAAGCGUAAUCGUUAA